AUGGCACAGUCAGUGCUGGUACCACCAGGACCUGACAGCUUCCGCUUCUUCACCAGGGAAUCCCUUGCUGCUAUCGAACAACGCAUUGCAGAAGAGAAAGCUAAGAGACCCAAACAAGAGCGCAAGGAUGAAGAUGAUGAAAAUGGCCCAAAGCCAAAUAGUGACUUGGAAGCAGGAAAAUCCCUUCCAUUUAUUUAUGGAGAUAUUCCUCCAGAGAUGGUGUCAGAACCCCUGGAGGACCUGGACCCAUACUAUAUCAAUAAGAAAACAUUUAUAGUAUUGAAUAAAGGGAAAGCAAUCUCUCGGUUCAGUGCCACUCCUGCCCUGUACAUUUUAACUCCCUUCAACCCGAUUAGAAAAUUAGCUAUUAAGAUUUUGGUACAUUCUCUGUUCAAUGUGCUCAUUAUGUGCACUAUUCUGACCAACUGUGUAUUUAUGACCAUGAGUAACCCUCCAGAUUGGACAAAGAAUGUGGAGUACACAUUUACAGGAAUUUAUACUUUUGAAUCCCUUAUAAAAAUACUUGCAAGGGGCUUUUGUUUAGAAGAUUUCACAUUUCUACGGGAUCCGUGGAAUUGGUUGGAUUUUACAGUCAUUACUUUUGCGUAUGUAACAGAAUUUGUAAACCUAGGCAAUGUUUCAGCUCUUCGAACUUUCAGAGUAUUGAGAGCUUUGAAAACUAUUUCUGUAAUUCCAGGGUUGAAGACCAUUGUGGGAGCCCUGAUCCAGUCAGUGAAGAAGCUCUCAGAUGUCAUGAUCCUGACUGUGUUCUGUCUGAGUGUGUUUGCGCUAAUAGGACUACAGCUGUUCAUGGGCAACCUGAGGAAUAAAUGUUUGCAGUGGCCCCCAGAUAAUUCUACUUUUGAAAUAAACAUCACUUACUUCUUUAAUAGUUCAUUGGAUGCAAAUGGUACCAUUAUCAAUAGGACAGUGAGCAUGUUUAACUGGGAUGAAUAUAUUGAAGAUAAAAGUCAUUUUUACUUUUUGGAAGGGCAAAACGAUGCUCUGCUUUGUGGCAACAGCUCAGACGCAGGCCAGUGUCCAGAAGGCUACAUCUGUGUGAAGGCUGGUAGAAACCCAAACUAUGGCUACACAAGCUUUGACACCUUCAGUUGGGCAUUCUUGUCCUUAUUUCGACUCAUGACUCAAGACUUCUGGGAAAACCUUUAUCAACUGACAUUACGUGCUGCUGGGAAAACAUACAUGAUAUUUUUUGUGCUGGUCAUUUUCUUGGGCUCAUUCUACCUAAUAAAUUUGAUCCUGGCUGUGGUGGCCAUGGCCUAUGAGGAGCAGAAUCAGGCAACACUUGAAGAGGCUGAACAGAAAGAAGCUGAAUUUCAGCAGAUGCUUGAACAGUUAAAAAAACAACAAGAAGAAGCUCAGGCAGCAGCAGCAGCAGCAUCGGCUGAAUCAAGAGACUUCAGUGGUGCUGGUGGGAUAGGAGUUUUCUCAGAGAGUUCUUCAGUGGCAUCAAAGUUGAGCUCCAAGAGUGAAAAAGAGAUGAAAAACAGAAGGAAGAAGAAAAAGCAGAAAGAACAGUCAGGAGAAGAAGAGAAAGAAGAGGGCUUCCGCAAAUCUGAAUCUGAAGACAGCAUAAGAAGAAAAGGUUUCCGUUUUUCCUUAGAAGGAAGUAGGCUGACAUAUGAAAAGAGGUUUUCUUCUCCACAUCAGUCUUUAUUGAGCAUCCGUGGCUCCCUUUUCUCCCCAAGACGCAACAGUCGGGCAAGCCUUUUCAGCUUCAGAGGUCGAGCAAAAGAUAUUGGCUCGGAAAAUGACUUUGCAGAUGAUGAGCACAGCACCUUUGAAGACAACGACAGUCGAAGAGAUUCUCUGUUUGUGCCGCACAGACAUGGAGAGCGGCGCCAUAGCAACGUCAGCCAGGCCAGUCGAGCCUCCAGGGUGCUCCCGAUUCUGCCCAUGAAUGGGAAAAUGCACAGUGCUGUGGAUUGCAAUGGGGUGGUCUCCCUUGUUGGGGGCCCUUCUGCCCUCACGUCUCCUACUGGACAGCUCCUCCCAGAGGGUACUACUACUGAAACAGAAAUAAGAAAGAGGCGAUCCAGUUCUUACCAUGUUUCCAUGGAUUUGUUAGAAGAUCCCACAACAAGGCAAAGAGCAAUGAGUAUAGCCAGCAUUUUGACCAACACCAUGGAAGAACUUGAAGAAUCCAGACAGAAAUGCCCCCCCUGCUGGUAUAAAUUUGCUAAUAUGUGUUUGAUCUGGGACUGCUGUAAACCAUGGUUAAAGGUGAAGCACAUUGUCAACCUGGUUGUGAUGGACCCAUUUGUUGACUUAGCCAUUACCAUCUGUAUUGUCUUAAAUACACUCUUCAUGGCUAUGGAACACUAUCCCAUGACGGAGCAGUUCAGCAGUGUGUUGUCCGUUGGGAACCUGGUUUUCACUGGGAUCUUCACAGCAGAAAUGUUUCUCAAGAUAAUAGCCAUGGAUCCAUAUUAUUACUUCCAAGAAGGCUGGAAUAUUUUUGAUGGUUUUAUUGUGAGCCUUAGUUUAAUGGAACUUGGUUUGGCAAAUGUGGAAGGACUGUCAGUUCUCCGAUCAUUCCGGCUGCUCCGAGUUUUCAAGUUGGCAAAAUCUUGGCCAACUUUGAAUAUGCUGAUAAAGAUCAUUGGAAAUUCUGUGGGGGCUCUGGGUAACCUCACCUUGGUGUUGGCCAUCAUCGUCUUCAUUUUUGCUGUGGUUGGCAUGCAGCUCUUUGGUAAGAGCUACAAAGAAUGUGUCUGCAAGAUCUCCAAUGAUUGUGAACUCCCACGCUGGCAUAUGCAUGACUUCUUCCAUUCUUUCCUGAUUGUGUUCCGUGUACUUUGUGGAGAGUGGAUAGAGACCAUGUGGGACUGUAUGGAGGUCGCUGGCCAAACCAUGUGCCUUACUGUCUUCAUGAUGGUCAUGGUCAUUGGAAACCUAGUGGUUUUGAACCUCUUCCUGGCCUUGCUCUUGAGUUCGUUUAGUUCUGACAAUCUUGCUGCCACUGAUGAUGAUAAUGAAAUGAACAAUCUCCAAAUUGCUGUGGGAAGGAUGCAGAAGGGAAUCGAUUAUGUUAAAAGAAAAAUACGUGAAUUUAUUCAGAAAGCUUUUGUUAGAAAGCAGAAAGCUCUAGAUGAAAUUAAGCCUCUUGAAGAUCUAAAUAACAAGAAAGAUAGCUGUAUUUCUAAUCAUACCACUGUAGAAAUAAGCAAAGACCUUAAUUAUCUCAAAGAUGGAAAUGGAACUACCAGUGGUAUAGGCAGCAGUGUAGAAAAAUAUGUUGUGGAUGAAAGUGAUUAUAUGUCAUUUAUAAACAACCCUAGUCUCACUGUGACUGUGCCAAUUGCUGUAGGAGAAUCUGACUUUGAAAAUUUAAAUACAGAAGAAUUCAGCAGUGAGUCAGAUAUGGAAGAAAGCAAAGAGAAGCUAAAUGCAACUAGUUCAUCUGAAGGCAGCACAGUUGAUAUAGGAGCUCCGGAUGAAGGAGAAAAACCUGAGGUUGAACCUGAAGAAUCCCUCGAACCUGAAGCUUGUUUUACAGAGGACUGUGUACGGAAGUUCAAGUGUUGUCAGAUAAGCAUAGAAGAAGGCAAAGGGAAACUCUGGUGGAACCUGCGAAAAACUUGCUAUAAAAUAGUGGAGCACAAUUGGUUUGAAACCUUCAUUGUCUUCAUGAUUCUGCUCAGCAGUGGGGCACUGGCCUUUGAAGAUAUAUAUAUUGAACAGCGAAAAACCAUAAAGACAAUGCUAGAAUAUGCUGACAAGGUUUUCACUUAUAUAUUCAUUCUGGAAAUGCUUCUAAAGUGGGUGGCAUACGGUUUUCAAAUGUAUUUUACCAAUGCCUGGUGCUGGCUAGACUUCCUCAUUGUUGACGUUUCACUGGUUAGCUUAACAGCAAAUGCCUUGGGUUAUUCAGAACUUGGUGCCAUCAAGUCCCUGAGAACACUAAGGGCUCUGCGGCCAUUGAGAGCCUUAUCCCGCUUUGAAGGAAUGAGGGUGGUUGUAAAUGCUCUUUUAGGAGCCAUUCCAUCCAUAAUGAAUGUACUUCUGGUUUGUCUAAUCUUUUGGCUAAUCUUCAGUAUCAUGGGAGUAAAUCUCUUUGCUGGUAAAUUUUACCAUUGCAUUAACUAUACCACUGGAGAGAUGUUUGAUGUAAGUGUGGUCAACAACUACAGUGAAUGUAAAGCCUUAAUAGAGAGUAACCAAACUGCCAGGUGGAAAAAUGUGAAAGUAAACUUUGAUAACGUGGGACUUGGAUAUCUUUCUCUGCUUCAAGUGGCCACAUUUAAGGGAUGGAUGGAUAUCAUGUAUGCAGCUGUUGACUCAAGAAAUGUAGAAUUGCAACCCAAGUAUGAAGACAAUCUGUACAUGUACCUUUAUUUUGUCAUCUUUAUUAUUUUUGGUUCCUUUUUCACUCUGAAUCUCUUCAUUGGUGUCAUCAUAGAUAACUUCAACCAGCAGAAAAAGAAGUUUGGAGGUCAAGACAUUUUUAUGACAGAAGAACAGAAGAAAUACUACAAUGCAAUGAAAAAACUUGGUUCAAAGAAACCACAAAAACCCAUACCUCGACCUGCUAACAAAUUCCAAGGAAUGGUCUUUGAUUUUGUAACCAAACAAGUAUUUGAUAUCAGCAUCAUGAUCCUCAUCUGCCUCAACAUGGUCACCAUGAUGGUGGAAACAGAUGAUCAGAGUCAAGAAAUGACCAACAUUCUAUACUGGAUUAAUCUGGUGUUUAUUGUUCUGUUCACUGGAGAAUGUGUGCUGAAGCUGAUCUCUCUCCGUUAUUACUAUUUCACCAUUGGAUGGAAUAUUUUUGAUUUUGUAGUAGUCAUUCUCUCCAUUGUAGGUAUGUUUCUGGCUGAGCUGAUAGAAAAGUAUUUUGUGUCCCCUACCCUGUUCCGAGUGAUCCGACUCGCCAGGAUUGGCCGAAUCCUGCGUCUGAUCAAAGGAGCGAAGGGGAUCCGCACCUUGCUGUUCGCUUUGAUGAUGUCCCUCCCAGCAUUGUUCAACAUCGGCCUCCUGCUCUUCCUGGUCAUGUUCAUCUACGCCAUCUUUGGAAUGUCCAACUUUGCCUAUUUUGCAGCUGCCCUGGAUCCUCCUCUCCUCAUAGCAAAACCAAACAAAGUCCAGCUCAUUGCCAUGGAUCUGCCCAUGGUCAGUGGUGACCGGAUCCACUGCCUCGACAUUUUAUUUGCCUUCACAAAGCGUGUUUUGGGUGAGAGUGGAGAGAUGGAUGCCCUUCGAAUACAGAUGGAAGAGCGAUUCAUGGCAUCUAAUCCCUCCAAAGUCUCUUAUGAGCCCAUUACAACCACUUUGAAGCGCAAACAAGAGGAGGUGUCUGCUAUUGUUAUCCAGAGGGCUUACAGACGCUAUCUCUUGAAGCAGAAAGUUAAAAAGGUUUCAUGUAUAUAUAAGAAAGACAAGGUCAAAGAAGGUGAGGGAACACCUAUCAAAGAGGAUAUCCUCAUUGAUAAACUAAAUGAGAAUUCAACACCAGAGAAAACGGAUGUGACACCUUCCACCACUUCUCCACCUUCCUAUGACAGUGUAACAAAACCGGAAAAAGAAAAAUUUGAAAAAGACAAAUCAGAGAAGGAAGACAAAGGGAAAGAUAUCAGGGAAAGUAAAAAGUAA